CGCUGGUCACAGCCUGUGCAGAUGACACGCUACAUUUGUGGAAUCUCCGUCAGAGACGGCCGGCUGUCCUGCAUUCACUCAAAUUCAACAGAGAGAGGAUUACAUUCUGCCACCUUCCCUUUCAGAGCAAAUGGCUUUAUGUGGGGACAGAGCGCGGAAACACACACAUCGUCAACAUCGAGUCCUUCAUUUUGUCUGGAUACGUCAUCAUGUGGAACAAGGCCAUAGAACUAGCAACUAAAACUCACCCAGGACCUGUGGUUCAUUUGAGUGACAGCCCAAAGGAUGAAGGCAAGCUGCUUAUAGGGUUUGAGAGCGGGACGAUUGUACAGUGGGAUCUCCGGGUCAAGAAGGCUGACUUCAGAAUCUACUACGAUGAGGCCAUCCAUUCAGUCAGCUGGCAUCAUGAAGGGAAGCAAUUCAUGUGCAGUCACUCAGAUGGCAGCCUGACGCUGUGGAACCUCAGAAACACCACCAAGCCAUUCCAAGUCACCUUCCCUCACGGAAAGAUACAGAAAGAUGGGAGGAAGGAGUCAUGUAAACCCAUACUCAAAGUGGAGUACAAGACAUCGAGGAACAGCGAGCCUUUUGUUAUCUUCUCUGGGGGUCUUUCAUAUGACAAAGCAGGACGUCGACCAACAUUAACCAUCAUGCACGGCAAGGCUAUCACUGUGCUGGAGAUGGACUAUCCUAUUGUAGAGUUCAUGGCCCUCUGCGAGACUCCAUACAACAACGAGGUCCAGGAGCCUUACGCAGUGGUGGUGCUUUUGGAGAAGGACUUAAUCGUGGUGGAUCUGACACAGAGCAACUUCCCUGUCUUUGAGAACCCUUACCCCAUGGACAUCCAUGAGUCUCCAGUUACCUGCACAGCCUAUUUUGCAGAGUGUCCGCCCGACAUUAUCCCCAUCCUCUACUCUAUAGGAGCUAAACACAAGAAGACCGGCUAUAGCCAAAAGGAGUGGCCAAUCAGCGGAGGAACAUGGACGUUAGGCUCCCACACCUACCCAGAGAUCAUCAUCACCGGACAUGCUGAUGGAUCAAUUAAGUUUUGGGACGCAUCUGCAAUCACACUACAGAUGUUAUACAAGCUGAAGACCUCCAAAGUGUUUGAGAAGCCAAAGCCAGGUGAGGGCCGAGCGGCCGACUUGGUGGAAGAUGACCCCUUCGCUAUUCAAAUGGUCAGCUGGUGCCCAAAGAGUCGCAUCUUCUGUGUGGUUGGCAUCUCAGCCCACAUCAUCCUGUAUCGCUUCAGCAAAUAUGACGCCAACACUCAGAUAGUGUCACUAGAGGUGCGUCUACCUUGUGAGUCGGAGGAUGUCAUCUCUCCAUCUGAGAAUGAAAACAAUCCCUCCCUCUCAGAGCCCGGCUCUCACUCACCCCACCACCAACACCCAGCGAGCCCCAGCAGUGGGACACCUGAGGGUGUCAAAGACAGCAUCCCCCAUCUUAAGGUGAAGGACCGGACGGUUCGGGUUCCUCCUGGCUACCAGGCAGAGCUGGUCAUCCAGCUGCUGUGGACAGAUGGAGAACCUCCACAACAGAUCACUAGCCUGGACAUCAACUCUGCCUAUGGCCUUUUGGCGUUUGGGAACUGUAAUGGCCUAGCGGUGGUGGACUACUUGCAGAAAACCGUCCUGUUGUGUAUGUCGACACUGGAUCUGUAUGGAGCCGCCGACCCCUACCAGCGCCUUACCCGCUCCCCUCGCAGGAACAGACAGUCCACCUCAGGCCUUACUGAACUCUCUGACAACCAGCAGUCCGUUGACAUGGAAAGAAGCAAGUCGCCCACCUCAGUAAAGGGACCCGGCAGAAAGUUAAGUCUGCCAACAGAUCUUAAGACUGAUCUUGAUCAUGUCAAUGGACAUUGCACUAGCCCCACCUCCCAGCCCUGCUCAGCGGGGAAGCCUCGCGUCCCGAUGGGUCCCGAGGGGCCACGGCUUACCCGCAGAGGCCCUGGCCGACCGCCCUUCCGCAAGGCCCAGUCCGCUGCUUGCAUGGAGAUCUCUUUGCCUGUGUCCCACACUGAAGAGAGUCGUGAAAACUCCUUCAGCCGUUCUCGCAGUUCAAGUGUGUCCAGCAUCGACCGGGACACCAAAGAGGCUAUCACCACACUGCAGCUUGGAGAGUCCUUCGGGCGCAAGGGUGACGCCCUGCCCACCCCAUGUCUGUGGGUGGGCACCAGCUUAGGUGUGGUCCUGCUCAUCCCAAUGUCCAUUCCCACCGACCAGGAGGAGAGGAUGGAGGAACCUGUGACCAUUGGCCCCAGUGGAACAGUCAUGAUGCUGAAGGGCUCGGUUUUGCGCUUUGCCUUCUUGGACUGCAUGGGAGCGCUCAUUCAGAGCCCCUAUGAGGUCUGGCGUGAUCCCAACGCCCCCGAGGACCCCGACCGACCGAGAAGGCGCAAGCUAGUCAACUUUUCACCAUCCUCCUCCCAGGACACUUGCGGAGAGGGACAUCUGGCUGUGGUGUGCUCCGAGAGGCAGGCCAAAGUAUUCUUGAUGCCCUCGCAGUCUUGCCUCUUUGUCCACAACAUCACCGAGUCAUCCUUUGUGCUGCGAGCCGAUGUGGUAUCUGUGUGUAACAGCGUGUGCCUGGCCUGCUUCUGUGCUAACGGACACGUCAUGACGCUCAGUUUGCCCAGUCUGAGACCGCUGAUAGAUGUCAAUUACCUGCCUCUGACAGACAUGCGCAUUGCAAGAACCUUUUGCUUCACCAACGGGGGACAGGCCCUAUAUCUCAGCUCCCCGACAGAGAUCCAAAGAAUUACGUACAGCCAGGAGAUGUGUGACAACCUGCAGGAGAUGCUUGGAGAGCUGUUUACACCAAUAGAAACACCAGAAGCCCAGAACAGAGGCUUUCUAAAGGGCUUCUUUGGAGGCAAUACCCAUACCUUUGACAGAGAGGAGCUCUUUGGUGAGGCAGCAGCUGGGAAGGCUUCUCGGAGUCUGGCCCAGCACAUCCCUGGGCAGGUGGGGGUGGAGGGAAUGAAGGUGGCGGCUAGUGGAGUGGUGGGUGAUCUGGUGAGGGCCCGCAUUGCUCUGGAUGAGAGAGGCCAAAGGCUGGGGGAGCUUGAGGACCGAACCGCCAUGAUGAUGACCAGUGCAGAAACCUUCUCCAAACACGCUCAUGAGCUGAUGCUGAAGUGCAAGGACAAGAAGUGGUACCAGUUCUAAGAGCAGGACAGAGGACUGCAGGGAACUUUAUGCCGGGACAGGGACUUUCACUCUACAAAUGAGAGCAAUGAAAUGAGAGACUCAGAAGUGACUUUGUCUUUACGGCUUCCGGAGUGGCUAUUUGUAUGACGCUGUCACAUUGUUGAAGGACGACAAUGGGCUAGCUCCCUGUCUAGACAUGUAGUGAUAAGGACAGAAAGAGAAUGGCGGCAUUUGAAGGACUGAAGAUGAAUCUGGAAAUAUCCGACGUGUGUGUGUGUGUGUGUGUGUGUGUGUGUGUGUGUGUGUGUAGGUGUAUGUGUGAGUGUGUGUAGUUGGGUUUCCUGGACCUCACUGUGUAGAUACUUAAAAGUUAACUAAACAACAAGAAAUGCAUGAAACAAAAAUGGAUGACUAUUAAAAAUAUCCAACUGCCAUAUUAAAAAGCAGCAUGCUACUUUAACAAGAGAUACAAAAAUAAACCGUUUUAUUUAAAGAUGUAAGCCAACAACAGAAACUAUGAAAAACUUUAUAUUUUUUGAAAUAUUGACAAAAAAAGUAUAUAUAAAAAGGGAAAUGUAUACCUGCAUUGCUAUUAAGCCAAAACUUGUGUUCCUUUCCCUUUUUUCAUUUUUUAUUUUUGGUUCAUUUGAAAAUGUUUUCUUAGUCUCAGCAUAUAUUACUUGCCACAAUAUAGAUGCACAUAGUUAACUUUCUCUACACACACACUUAGAAUAAUGCUAAAACUAUGUUCUUGCCAAUUACCCUGGGCUGCACAGUGCAAACACAAAUCAGUAGUAUUUACAUGUACCUCUGCACAGUCUAAUCACACUAAUUAUAUUUCACGUUUCGGCUGCUGCUACUUACAAAAGCAUUAAAUGAUAAUCUCCCUCCCCGACUACAGUUGUAUGGAAACAGAACAGAUUGGUGUGAGAAGAAUGCAAAGGCUGAGAGAGUUAAAAGUGUACUGUGGACACAGUGUGUUUCUAGCUAUAGUAUGAACCUAUAUACUAUUCAUGUGCCAUAAAAACAAGAUGAGUGAAUCCACUCACAGUAAACUAACUAACAAAGAGCUAAUAUGUGGUAGUCAUCAUAUGUUUCCUGUUUGAUCGGAACAGAUGAGACAUACUUGGAGUUGACCAUGAGGGCAUAUAUCAAAGUCAAAAAAGUCUGUUUUCUUUAUAUAAAAAAAAAUAUGAGGGGGUUUUUAUUUAUUUAUUUUUGGUUGUUGCUGGUUCACCAUUGGAGUCUUUAGCUGCCUUUGUCAGACGUGUGAAUUUCGUGAGCCAUUAGGUUGUGUGUGUGUGUGUGAGUGUGAGUGAGUGAGAGAGAGAAAGACUCUUUCUCUGCCAAAGUAAUCGAAAAUGAAUGACACCCUCCCAUCUCUCUCUUUCUCUCUCUCUCUCUCUCUCCGCCUCAGCCUUUGGUUUAUGCGUUUUCAGCGUUAAACCCGAGCGGUCCUCUUUUCACGAGCACCACUUUAAAAUGGUCGUCACCGUCUUUGUGGCCGGAGUACGAAGCGGAGUUGGAAUCGUUUCCAUUCAGUUGCGACCAACUCCCCCCUCCCUGUGAGUGGUUUAUCAGUAAAAGGUUCAGGAAAAGUAACAGUAUUUUUUUUGUCAGUGAUGUUUCAGAUGUGAGUCAGUGAAGAAACUAUGUACAUGUGUAAAACAUUUGCAACGAUUUCAACUGAAGGCAAAUUGUUCCUCUUUUUCGUGCAAUAUUGUUCUUGAUGACUAUGAUAUCCUCUCGUCGCAGUCCUAUAUUUGAUGGUGAUGGCCUCUCAAAUGAAGGCUCUUGUAUGUUAAAAACAACAAAUGUUUCAUGAUACAUGGUUGGUGUAUCAUAUUGUGAUUGUGUUGUACAUGUCCAAUGGGUAGCCACACGACACGGGGCAAACAGCAUUAACUGAGGAGGAUGUUUUGUACUUGUGUAUUUGUCUGUAUUUUGAAUUGAUCUGAAAAACCAAACAGAGGGUUGUUGAUAUCCAUCCCACACAUCAGGCCUUUAUGCAGACGAGCAUUAACACUUAGAUCAUGAUCACUCCCACAUAAAAUAUGCACAACAACACAUACAAACCUAAAAAAAAGCAGACACAGGUGAGUCUAUCUGCAUUGCUAGUCAUUUCUCCCUGCUACCUGUCAGGCUGCUGAGGCUUUCCUCAGGCUUAAACAGCCUUCAAAACCCAUUUGUUUUCACCAAACUCAAGUCACCUGAAAUCCUAAAGCAGUGCCUCGUGGGUUUCAGGAAUUACACAUGAUUUGGUUCCAUGAUGUGUCUUAAACAUAUCCAAAAAAAAUCUCUCCUAUCUCUGUACCGUCAAUGAGAUUUGUGUUGAGUGCAGUUCUUUCAAUGACAGAGAAAACACACAAAAAAAACAAAAAACAAAACCAGAAGAAAAUUAACAACAACAAAAAAAAAAGUACAUCUGACUUCUACUGACAGGGUGUUUUGUUAGUAUGUUUUUGGUUUUUAUAUUAACUGUACAGUUCAAUCUUGGGAGAAAGGUAACAAAAAACGCAAAAAGAUGAAGACAUUCUUGGGAUAUUUUUCUCUGUAUAUGUUGUACCUGUUACUGCUGGUACUGUAUCUGGUAUUCUGGCUCUGUCUAAAUCACUGGAACUCUGUAGUUCUUCACACUGUAGUAUCCUGAACAAGCAUUUCUCUGGUUUUCUCAAUGAUGGCAGCAAAGUUUGUCUUAUUUAAAUGGAUUCUACCACUUUUUGUUCUUAUUGAUAUUAUACUAGUGUAAUAGAAAUUACUUGACAAAAAAGAACUG